CACCUGAUCUCGCCUUCUCCCAUCUUUGAGGACAUGUAUUUUCAUCGUUAGAGCGGUCACUCGACUGUCUUGUCAAUGUAAUUGAUCAUCGAAGAGGAACAACAGGGGCAAGGGGGUUUGUGGGGCAAAUGAGCACGGCACAGGCUGCGUGAGAAGUAAGCUGGUAGGAUUCAACAUGGCAUCGGGCGAUACGCUUUAUAUUGAGGCGGACGGCUCGGAGAUGCCGGCCGAACUAGUGGAGUUACACGAGAUAGAGGUGGAAACGAUACCGGUAGAGACUUUCGAGACGACAGUGGUCGGGGGAGACGACGACCAGCCGAUGAUAGCACUCCAGCCGUUGGUAUCAGACGACCCGAAUUCGAUCCACCACCAUCAAGAAGUGAUCCUAGUGCAGACAAGAGAGGAAGUUGUUGGCGGGGAUGAUUCGGAUAUGCUUGCGGACGGGGGUUACGAGGAUCAAAUCCUCAUCCCCGUCCCAGCACCCGGGGUGGAAGACGAGUACAUCGAACAGACUCUGGUGACUGUAGCCGGGAAAAACUCGGUUGGUCGGAUGAAGAGAGGGGUAGGCGGCAGUGGCAAAAAAGCUGGCCAAAAGAGUUAUUUGGGUGCUGUAGAACCAAGCAGUAGAAAAUGGGAACAGAAGCAGGUGCAAAUAAAGACUAUGGAGGGGGAAUUCUCUGUUACAAUGUGGGCUUCGGACAUUGACCAUGAGUCAGUUGUUGAAGAACAGAUCAUUGGGGAGAAUUCCCCUCCGGACUACUCUGAAUACAUGACGGGGAAGAAGCUGCCCCCUGGAGGGAUACCUGGAAUCGACCUGUCAGACCCCAAACAGCUGGCAGAGUUUGCCAGGUCAGUGUCUAUCUGCCUAAACUCACCUGUCCAUCAAGGGAUGAAGCCGAGGAAGGUAAAAGAAGACGAGGCGCCCAGGACGAUAGCCUGCCCUCACAAAGGCUGCACAAAGAUGUUCAGGGACAAUUCAGCGAUGAGGAAGCAUCUCCACACCCACGGGCCUCGUGUGCACGUCUGUGCUGAGUGUGGCAAGGCCUUCGUAGAGAGUUCCAAACUCAAACGUCACCAACUCGUUCACACAGGGGAGAAACCCUUCCAAUGUACCUUUGAGGGCUGUGGGAAGAGGUUUUCGCUGGACUUUAACUUGCGCACACACGUUCGUAUCCACACCGGAGACCGGCCCUACGUAUGCCCCUUUGACGGCUGCAAUAAGAAGUUUGCCCAGUCAACCAACCUCAAGUCUCACAUCCUCACACACGCCAAAGCCAAAAACAACCAAUGAGAACUCUCUGACCUGCCCCAAGUCCCACCCCCACAGCAGCAUCUUAACGACACCACAUGUCAAACCUCCUUUGAUGAAAGAAGGAAAUGAUUGAAAAAUACUUUUUGAUAAAUACAGAGAUUAAAUUCUCCCUUCUCCUAUUGGUUGACUGAAGAACACAGUGGCACUCUUCAAAAAGAUGAAACCCCUCUCCCAACCUUCCACCCCCCUCUCUCCUCACUUCAUAGCGGCUUCAUUUUUAUUGCCAUAAAUAUGGAACUCAUGGACUAAGACUAUUCUUUCUGCCAUGGAGCUGCAUGAGAGAGAGCAAUCAGGCUAUUCUCUCUGCCAUGGAGCUACAUGAGAGAGAGCAAUCAGGCUAUUCUUUCUGCCAUGGAGCUGCAUGAGAGAGAGAGCAAUCAGGCUAUUCUUUCUGCCAUGGAGCUACAUGAGAGAGAGAGCAAUCAGGCUAUUCUCUCUGCCAUGGAGCUACAUGAGAGAGAGAGAGCAAUCAGGCUAUUCUCUCUGCCAUGGAGCUACAUGAGAGAGAGCAAUCAGGCUAUUCUUUCUGCCAUGGAGCUGCAUGAGAGAGAGAGCAAUCAGGCUAUUCUUUCUGCCAUGGAGCUGCAUGAGAGAGAGCAAUCAGGCUAUUCUUUCUGCCAUGGAGCUGCAUGAGAGAGCAAUCAGGCUAUUCUUUCUGCCAUGGAGCUGCAUGAGAGAGAGCAAUCAGGCUAUUCUCUCUGCCAUGGAGCUACAUGAGAGAGAGAGAGCAAUCAGGCUAUUCUUUCUGCCAUGGAGCUGCAUGAGAGAGAGAGAGAGCAAUCAGGCUAUUCUUUCUGCCAUGGAGCUGCAUGAGAGAGAGAGCAAUCAGGCUAUUCUUUCUGCCAUGGAGCUACAUGAGAGAGAGCAAUCAGGCUAUUCUUUCUGCCAUGGAGCUACAUGAGAGAGAGAGCAAUCAGGCUAUUCUUU